CUCCUUUUAUCUUUACCUAAAAGAAUAUUACAAAAAAAAGGGGAAAAAUGGUCUUGUUUUGGUUUAUCGCCUUAAUCUAAAAACGAGAUUUUGGUGUCGACAAACGCACCACGGUCGAUCGACGAUCCGAGGAGUACGGGUUUCUCUCGAGGUAUGUUACAUUGUAGAUGGCUGGUCGGUCCACUAGACAACAAUCCAAGCAGGAUCAGUCAAGGGCUAAGUGGACAGUAUCCCUUACUAAGAUACUUGCAGACUUGAUGGCCGAGCAGGUUUUAAAGGGGAAUCGGCCAAACAAUUCUUUUGGGAAAAAAGCGUGGAAAUGUAUAUGUGAUGGUUUCCAUAAAGAAACGGGAUUGAAAUGGGAUAAGGAGCAAUUGAAGAACCGUUAUGGUGUUUUGAGGAGACAGUAUGUUACUAUCAAAUCACUUCUUGAUCAAAGUGACUUCAGUUGGGAUGAACCUCGACGCACAGUGAUAGCCACGGAUGAAGUGUGGGAUAAAUACAUUCAGACACACCCAGAUGCUGAGACAAUUAGAAACAAUGGUUGUCCAAUUUACAGACAGCUUUGCACAAUAUUCUCGGAGUCUGGGACCAAUGGGGGAUAUGACCACUCGAGCCAUCAGGUAUUGGAUGGUGGGGCUCCUUGUUUGUUGCCAGGACAAGAGACUGCAAGCAUGUCAAUUGAUCCUGGAGCAGCUUCAAUUGCACUGGAUGAUUCUUCAUCAGAGUCAGAAGAGCACAUUGACAUGUUAGAUGUCCAGAACAAACAUCAAUCAGCAACACCAACUUCUGGUCGCCGCAAAAGAAACCGUAAAGGAAUUGAUGAUGUUAUUGCAGAAGCUAUAUUGGAUAUAGCUGUUGCAUCAAAGUUGAGGACAACAGCAUUAACACAGAGUAGUGAGCAAUUUUCUAUAAGCAAUUGCAUCAAAGCAUUAGAUGAGAUACAAGGAAUCGAUGACCGCAUCUAUUUUGCUGCUUUGGAUUUAUUUGACAGCUCCAGUGCAAGGGAAACAUUCUUAUCUCUCAAAAAUGAUAAGCGAUUGACAUGGUUGAAAGGCAAGUGUGAUGCUCCCUCGACUUCCACGGUGUGAGAACACAUUUGAGCCGUCUUUUUUUGUUUAAUAUUAAUAGGAUAAUAGUUCUAUACUAUUUUACAGCAGAAGUUAUUACAUUAUUAUUUUUUUUGGGGUGGUGCUGGGAUUGAGGCAAGACUAGGAGGAAUGGAGGAUAAUCCUCUUCUCAGACUGCUCUGCACAUCUGUAUAGUACCAGAAUCCAUGUCUACCCUUUUAAUCUAUCUUGUUUUGGACCAUGAAGGCCAAAGUUAUUGAAAUUAUAUCUUCUUAUGUUGGUGAGAUAA